AGCACGGUCCUCCCGGCCAGCCAGGCCUUUUCUGCGCUGCCCGUGUAUAGCGGCCACUGCUCCCCAACCGUGCGUCCAGCGCUGCCGCAGGGCAGGCACUCCGGCGCUCGGGACUCCGAGCGGCUCAAAGUCCCCCGGCUUCCUGCAUCGCUUUGACGGUACCCGGGAGGAUUUCGGUGGCUGCCGACUGCAGCAAGGCGGCGUCUCCGUGGUGGAUCCCCGCCAGCUCAGAAUCGCCCCCGCGGCCUCUUUGCCAGCCCCGGACCCGCGCGGCGCUCGCAGGGCACGGUCCCCUCCCCCCAGGUGGGGGUGGGGCGCCGCCGGCUGCCCCGAUACGCAGCUUUGUCAUUGAUCCCAAGGUGCUCGCCUCGCUGCCGACCUGGCUUCCACUCUGGCUCGGCGGGACCCGGAGUCUUCGCCUGUGUCCUGCCCCCCAAACUGACAGGUGCUCCCUGGGAGUCGCCACGACUCAACGCCGCUCCCCCACGUCCCCACCCCCUCUUUCCUCCCUCACCUCCCCCCCCCCCCGGCACUUCGGCACAGCUCAGGAUUUGUUUAAACCUUGGGAAACUGGUUCAGGUCCAGGUUUUGCUUUGAUCCUUUUCAAAAACUGGAGACACGGAAGAGGGCUCUAGGAAAAAGUUUUGGAUGGGAUUAUGUGGAAACUACCCUGCGAUUCUCCACUGCCAGAGCCGGCCAGGCUCUUCCACCACUGCGCAGCCUUCCCCCGGCUGGGCUGAGCCUCUGAGUCGCCGCUUCCCCAGUGCCCGCCGUAAGUGAGCCCUCGCCCCAGUCAGCCAAAUGCUCCUCCUCGGCCUCCUCCUGCUGACAUCUGCCCUAGCCGGCCAGAGAACCUGGACUCGGGCUGAGUCCAACCUGAGCAGCAAGCUGCAGCUCUCCAGCGACAAGGAGCAGAACGGAGUGCAAGAUCCCCGGCAUGAGCGAGUUGUCACGAUAUCUGCUAAUGGCAGCAUCCACAGCCCGAAGUUCCCUCACACUUACCCAAGAAACACGGUGCUGGUGUGGAGAUUAGUUGCAGCAGAUGAAAAUGUGCAGAUCCAGCUGACAUUCGAUGAGAGAUUUGGGCUGGAAGAUCCAGAAGACGACAUUUGCAAGUAUGAUUUUGUAGAAGUUGAGGAGCCCAGUGAUGGAAGUGUUUUAGGACGCUGGUGUGGUUCUGGGACUGUGCCAGGAAAGCAGACUUCUAAAGGAAACCAUAUCAGGAUAAGAUUUGUAUCCGAUGAGUACUUUCCUUCUGAGCCCGGAUUCUGCAUCCACUACAGUAUUGUCAUGCCACAAGUCCCUGAAACCACGAGUCCUUCGGCAUUGCCCCCGUCAGCCUUGUCACUGGACCUGCUCAAUAAUGCUGUGACUGCAUUCAGUACCUUGGAAGAGCUGAUUCGGUAUCUAGAGCCAGAUCGAUGGCAGAUGGACUUGGACAGCCUCUACAAGCCAACAUGGCAGCUUUUGGGCAAAGCUUUUCUUUAUGGGAAAAAAAGCAAAGUGGUGAAUCUGAACCUUCUCAAAGAAGAGGUAAAACUAUACAGCUGCACACCUCGCAACUUCUCAGUGUCCAUACGGGAAGAGCUAAAGAGGACAGAUACCAUUUUCUGGCCAGGUUGUCUCCUGGUCAAGCGCUGUGGAGGGAACUGUGCCUGUUGCCUCCAUAAUUGCAAUGAAUGUCAGUGUGUCCCACGUAAAGUUACAAAAAAGUACCAUGAGGUCCUUCAGUUGCGACCAAAAACUGGAGUUAGGGGAUUGCACAAGUCGCUCACUGAUGUGGCCCUGGAACACCAUGAGGAAUGUGACUGUAUAUGUAAAGGAAAUGCAGAAGGGUAA